AUAUAUAUAUAUAUAUAUAUAUAUCACUCUGUAUAUACACAGGGAUAGUCAGAUACUAUACACAUGCAAAUCAUGGGUAAGGGCAGGGACGCCUUGGUGGUUUGCAGUGACAAGAGCAUGGGAAUAGGCAUAACAAUAUGGGAUGUGGACACAGGGGAUCAUCUUCUCCACAUACCAACCUGCGCAUCCCCUUCUCAUGGGUUAUUGUGCUUGAGAAACCACUUCCUUGUAGCUUCCCAGAUUCACAGACAUGGGUCUGUUGGUGGCGGAGCCAUCUUCAUCUGGGCAUUGAAUAAGCCUCAACUGCCUCUUCGGAGUUAUCCAGUGGAGGCCAUUGGGCCGCUUUCUUGCACAAAGGAUGGCAUAUAUCUUGCUGGCGGGGCACUUUCAGGAAAUGCUUAUCUUUGGGAGAUUGCUAACGGAAGAUUGCUCAAGACUUGGCAUGCUCAUGACAAAUCUUUGAAUUGCUUGCUGUUUUCUAAUGAUGAUUCUCUUCUCAUUUCUGGGUCAAAUGAUGGUAUGAUCUGUGUGUGGUCUGUAAUUAGUUUGCUAGACACGGCAGAUUCUGGAAGCUUGCCUUCGUUGUUACAUUAUUCAUCAGAGCAUAGAUCCUCUGUUACUGGUCUGUUAAACACAUCAGGCAGCUCAAGUUCAGUUCUAGUAUCAAGCUCCCUUGAUGGCACUUGCAAGGUUUGGGACUUCGUCUCAGGAAGGCUUAUACAAACUCAAGUUUAUCCACUGGCGAUAACUGCAAUUGUUCUUGACCCAGGGGAGCAGCUCUUGUUCUGUGGAAGUGUGGAUGGAAGAAUUUUUGUCAACAGGCUUGAUAUUGGACUAUUGGAGGACCCUUUCUUUGUUGCAGAAGACCAACCAGUUGUGCUAAAAGAACACAAUGGAGCCAUAACUGCAUUGGCCUUCAGUGAAUCAGGUCUGAUAUCUGCAUCUGAGGACUGCACCAUUUGCAUGUGGGAUGUAGUCAACUUGGUGAUCAUCCGGAAAUUCGACCAUCGAAAAGGGGCAGUAACUAAUAUGACAGUGAUUCCGCAGUCCUCACUGCUUUCUGUAUCAAACCAUCAGAGAGUUUCAAACGGGUUCUAUGUUUCUUUGCUUGACAAGUAUCCUCAGCCAGCCAACUCAUCCAAGGGAAGAAUCACUCUCCCUUCCUCAUGCUGUUCCUUUAAAGAAAAUCAGAUUUCCCUUGAUUUCCGAAGCACUGAUUCAUUGAACCAGCACAUAUCUGAUUUGGAGUUGCCAAGAUUCUCUUUCUCUGCCUUGGAAUAUGGGCAGAAAGAUGGAACUCCAGCAGCAAUGCAAAUGAAGGUGGAAACUUGCAUAGAGAAUCGGAUUUGGGCCACAAGAAUGACAAAGCACGUUAUGGAGAUGAAUAAGCAUUUGCAGUCACGUUUACUUGACUUGAUGCAGUGCAGAUUAUUAUGGCCUACUGAGAUUGACACACCCACAUCUAGAAAAAGAAAAAUGCUCAAGAUUGAGAGUCCACUUCUACAGGGGGAGGAGGAACCACAGUCCUCUACUAAAUUUCAUGAUGAAUAAGCAUGUGCUACGAAGAAUACCCACAAAAGUUUUAGUCAUGCCUUGGCCUCCUCUCUUAUCUUUGUAACCUUUGUAAUUAAUGAAUUAAUAUUGUUUUUGUCUGUUCUUGUUUACAUAUUUCUUUUUUUCUUC